AUGUCUCUCUACCAAGCUCCUGGAUUCCGAUUCCACCCCACCGAUGAAGAGAUCGUUUGUUUCUACCUGAAGCGAAAGCUCACCGGAAAUCUACCUUUCCGUUUCGACCAUCUUGCGGUGAUUGACAUCUACAAGUUCGAACCGUGGGACCUUCCCAGUUUAUCGAAGCUGAAGAACAAGGAUUUGGAAUGGUACUUCUUCACUGUGCUGGACAAGAAGUACGGUAAUAGUUUGAGGACGAAUCGUACUACUGACAGGGGGUACUGGAAGACUACGGGAAAGGAUCGCGUUAUCAAGAACGGGCAGGACACUGUUGGAAUGAAGAAGACCCUUGUUUAUCACUUAGGACGGGCCCCACAUGGUGAUCGCUCCAAUUGGGUCAUGCAUGAGUAUAGGAUGAUUGAUGAAGAAUUGGCCAAAGCUGGAGUGCAGAAGGAUGCUUAUGUGCUGUGUAGGAUCUUCGAGAAGAGUGGUCCGGGGCCUAAGAAUGGGGAGAAGUAUGGGGCUCCCUUUGUUGAGGCAGAAUGGGAGAAUAUUAUUGAUGGACGACAGGUGUAUCCCUUGACGGCUGUUGAUAGUGAGCAUUCAACAGAUAAAGUGCCUGCUCAUACUGAUGAUGAUUAUUUUGAAACCAAUGACCUUGAUCAGGAGCUUGAUACUUGUGUUACAUUUGGAAGUGCUGACUUGCCAUCGAACUUCUGUUAUGGGGAGUGUAGUAGCCAUUCUCAAGCAUUUAUUAAUGAUCAUAAACAAUUUGAAGCUGCUCUUGGUAUUUACAAUAGUCAGAUUGAUCAGCCUAAUAAUAUGGCCGAUCUAUAUGGUGUGGAUAUCAAUUCAGUGCAAGAUGGAUACAAUGAAUAUGUGGAUACCAAUGAUGUUAAGAAUAUUGACGGGGCUAUUACCACCGAGAUUGAUCCUUCUGUUGCUGCAAUCUUAGAUGAGUACCUUGCAUGCCCUGAUGAAGAUAUUUCCAAAUAUAUUUGCUUUGAUUCUCCUUUGAAUGUAGAGAGUGAAAGCCCCAUUGCCAACUAUGGACAGUCUUUCAUUGAGCAGAAUGUGGAGGGAGAAACCAAUGGUAGUACUUUGGCAAACCAACAUGUUGAUGCACAGUCUAGUAGUGAAAUAGUUUUACCAAAGGAGGAUCUUAAGGCGUCAAAUUGGGUCUCUGGAGAUGCAAAUGCUUUUGUAAUGCAAGCCAAUAAUUUGUUGGCCCGCAUACCUGCUCCACCUGUAUUUGCAUCAGAGUUUCCUGCUAAGGAGUUUGCUAUUGGAAUGCAUCCUGCAACCGUGUCUUCCAGUUCAGCACAUAUAACUGCAGGUAUGAGUAUGAUCAGCAUUACGGAUAUUACUUUUGGAGGCAAUGCGAUGGAUUGGAUGGUGGGCAAGAAUGGAGGUUUUCACACCAUUAUGUCUUCUGGGUUUCCCCAAACUGAUGUUAACUCUGCAACUCUGGUGCCUACUUCUGGCUUGGUCUGUAGCAAAACUGCAUUUAUGUUAUCACAUGGUUGGGUUUUCUUGAUGGGUUUCUCAGUUGUGAUUCUAUCCCUGAGUUUCAAGAUCGGAAGCUUCAUGUAUACUGUUAAAUGA